AUGCACAAGUGCACCAACGAACAACAGGUUAGGUGCACAAACAAACGUGUUGGCGGUGCGGCUAAACCAGCGGCACCGGACGUCGUGGUCGAUGGCCAGGAUAAUGCCAACGAUCACUACCUGGAAGAAAAGUCGACAGCGCCUGAGAAGGCGAUCGAGAAAAUGCUGGUCACACUCAGGGACAUGUCCGAAAGGAUGAAUCGGAUGGAGUCCUCCGGGAGAGAACAAGGCGGCAGGAUGAACGCGGACUCACCCGAGUUACGUACCGAUUAUCGGAAAAGGGAGGUCGCGGCAGGGAUCAACACCAAGGCGUCGGACGGAAGCCCUCCUAUGGUAUCUUUGACCGUGUCGGCAGCGACCACUUUUGGCUUACGGCGACAACAACAUCAGGCAGGUGUUGAAGCCCUUCCUGCAAGAUACGCAGACCUGGGCGUCAACAUGAAUUAA